UUAAAAGCCUAUAAACCCUUGAACUAAAACCCUUUUCUCUUGGCCCCCCGAGCUCAAUUCAGUUGCUGCAAACUCCCAGAAAACACAAAUGGAGGAGAAGAGAGGAGAUGGGCGCAAUGCGAAUCAGUUGAGACCGUUGGCCUGUACUCGUGGCAUUCUCAAUCGGUCUCACGGCUCUGCUAGUUGGAUUCAAGGAGAGACCAAAGUUCUUGCUGCAGUUUAUGGACCCAAGGCUGGGACAAAGAAGAAUGAAAACCCAGAAAAAGCUUGCAUUGAGGUCAUAUGGAAGCCCAAAACUGGGCAGACUGGAAAACCUGAAAGAGAAUGUGAGAUGAUAUUGAAGAAAACUCUGCAAAGCAUAUGUCUUUUGACUGUUCAUCCAAACACCACGACGUCAAUUAUAAUUCAGGUUGUCCAAGACGAUGGUGCUCUUCUUCCCUGUGCAAUAAAUGCAGCCUGUGCUGCCCUUGUGGAUGCUGGCAUUCCUUUGAAGCAUCUUGCUGUUGCAAUUUGCUGCUGUCUGUCAGAAAGUGGACGAGUUCUGUUAGACCCCAACAAGUUGGAAGAACAGAGCAUGAAAGGCUUUGUGUAUUUAGUUUUUCCCAAUUCCGUUCUUUCUGCCCUCCCUGAGGGAUCAUCGCAACUAGGAGGUCCACCAGUUCAACAUGGAAUUAUCACAUCUGUUACGCAUGGUAGAAUGUCAGUGGAUGAUUACCUUCUCUGUGUUGAAAGAGGGAGAGCUGCUACCGAGAAGCUAUCGGUUUUUCUCAGAAGAAGCUUGCAAACACAAAUUCCAGGCGACAAUUCUAAGGCUGGUUCAUAGUUGGGAGUAUAGAAUAUUGAAACAUAGUUGGGAGUGUAGAAUAUUGAAAUAUGAGAUUAGCGCUUCGUUGCGGCCCGUCACCUAACUCCAUAGCCAGGUGGAUUGGGUCUCGACAAGCUUGCAUGUCACUCACCUGGAUGUCAUGUAUAUUGUAAUGUUUGUUUUGUCUUGAUGGUCAAUAGUUGAUUUGCCUUCAGCAUAGAGUGGAAAGAUAAGUUUUAGUAAGAAGAUUGGGCGGGAUAUUUACUGAAAUGUAACUCGUUUGUUAGUAAAAAUCAAUUUCUGUCUUUCGUGUUGUCUUUUUUUUUUUUUUUGGAU